AUGUCCGCUCCGGGCCACCUGGCUCGGAACCGCUCCGUCUCGAGUGCCCAAAAGUCUAGGGGUCGAGUCAACCAGGACUACCCAGCGAUGCAGUCCAGGACGCAGGACCGCGCUGCGGUCAUGCGAUACUUCGAGCCCUGCGCCGCGACAGCAUCCAUGUUCCUUUAUGCGCAGGGCAGCUCGGUGGUGUGCUGCCAUCACGACACCUUGACAAUAGAGCGGCGGUUUUCGAGGCAUUCGGAGGAGAUUCAGCUCUUGGCAGUUGAUACCCAGAGCGAAACAGGGGCUGGACGAUUGGUGGUGAGCUACGACGCAGGGCAGACUGCCAUAGUUUGGGAUCUCAUGUCAGGUGACGAGGUGGCUCGUUUUGCUUCAUAUGAGCACCUUUCAACGGCUGCGUGGAUGCGUAAUGGCAACGUCGCCUUUGGCAAUACUCAAGGAAACAUUAUACUAUUCGAGCCACAGACAUCAGAGCACAUCUCUUCGAGAACACUGGACCAAAUAGCAGUGACAGCUUUAGCUCCGUCCGCGGAUUGCCGAACAUUUGCAAUCGGGUAUCAAAAUGGAUCCUUGCUCAUUGCAAAUCUUCAGCCAAGGUUCACCAUUUUGCACAACCUGACAACUUCAAGAGGCCCCUCGCCUAUUGUCAAUCUGGCUUGGCAUGCAUCUUCGUCAAGGCAAAAAUCAGACAUGCUCGCCGUACAAACUAACGAUGGAGAUCUUCGUAUUUGGAGCGUGGCAAAGUCGUACAACAACGCCGACCCAGCCAAAGUUGUGAGAAUCCUAAAGAAGAGCGAAAACUAUCUGAUCGGUCCAAACUGGAUGGGGUGGUCAAAGAAUGGAAGGAUAAUUCAAUUCUCUGAAAACGAGACGUUAUCAUGGGACGUUCGGACCAAGCAUGUUACCCAGGACAGCAUUCCAUCAUUGGAACAUGUCCGAGGGCUAGCUGUUUACGGCCCCGGCGCCAGCCUUUUCACGUUGGGUGCCAACAACACCGUACAGCAGUUUGAUCUUAACGCACCUGCGAUGAUGGUUGCCAAUGUCCAACACCCAGCUAAUCUGCUGCCGCCGUCUCCGCCUGUAUCCAUCGAGGAGCAAGAAAAGGCAGCGGCCGCGAGUAACUCGGAGUCAGAGAUAUCCAUCUCGAUCGAGCCAAUGACGUCAGAGAGCGAAGAGGAAAGGAUGUCACCGCUCGCCCGCAUGAUUCAUUCCAGGGAUACCGCCUCGAGCGGCCCGGGCAUCUUCAGGCCUGACAGCUCACAGUCAAGUCGCAGUGGCACGUCCGAGAUUUCAUCGACCAGCUCUCAAACGCCCGGGAGAUACCAACCAUCAGCCCAUUCGCGAGGCCUCACGGAAAACACGUACAUCUCGGCCGGCUCAUCAAUGUUGUCAUCGGUAGCGCCUCAUUCUUCUCGGCAUCGUGACCGGGACUCGUACUCGAUUGGAAGUCUCAGCUCCGUGUCCAUGACCUCAUCUAGCGGCCGUCCUUCGAAACACCGUCCCUCACGCCUUCGAAACGAGAUUGCGCGUAGCCCAGAAGACUCGAGGGUUGAUGAUCUUUUCAAAUUCACUCGAAGUCGCCUCAGCGAUAUCCCGUACAAAAUGCCAGCCAUGGCAGAUGCCUCAAGGCUCACUAAUGACGAUCUUCGACGACAGAUGUUGAGCACAAUUUUCGGCUGGAAUCGCGAGGUAGAAGACUUGAUCAGAGACGAGUUAAGCCGACACCCCAACUCCUCGGCUAACCGCAUCCUGCUGUCAAAAUGGCUCGGUGAUAUAGAGCCGGAUAUCAUGGCAACCAGUUCAGCCAACAUGACCUCUUCGGAUUGGAUGCUUCUGGCACUGAGUGGAAUCGGGGGACAGGCCUCUCAGCACAAGCUUGGGCGUGCUUAUGUUCAAAGACUUCUUGAGAAUGGUGACGUGCAUGCGGCUGCCACAAUCAUGAUCGGAAUGGGCGACCAGAUCGAUGCCAUCGAGAUUUACGUGUCUCACAAGCGCUACAUGGAGGCCCUACUCCUGACUUGCCUCUUCUUUCCGUCCGUCUGGGAACGCCAAGCGCAGAUUCUCAAGAAAUGGGGAGACUGGGCUGUUCAGCACGGCCAGCAACAGUUGGCCAUUCGAUGCCUUGCUUGCAUCGGCAAAGAAUCUUCAGAACCGUGGACCUCGCCCUCUGCAGCGCAACUCAGUUUUGGUAGCCUGAAUGCCAUAAACUCCAGCAUCCCUGAGGUGCUCAGUCCUCCGUUAUCACCGCCAGGCAUGAACAGGGGACCGCAGCGAAGUAUCGCAAAGGCUUCGGCGCUCAAACUCAUCACCUCUUUUGGAGACCAAGGCGCAAAGGCCAAGUACUUUGCAGGUGACGAUGGACAGACUCCCAUUGCAGCAGGCGUGACGCCUAUCGCCGAGUCUGCAAUCUCCCCCGGCGCAUUCGACCCUGCCACCGCUUUCCUCCGUCCCUCUCAACGAAGUGCAUUCCCCACACCCAGCUCCGCGCGCCCCUCGAACCAGAGCUUCGGCCGACACCGCCUGCCUUCGAUCGGAGAGGCAACAGGAAAGGCCGAGCAGCGUCGACGCACUCCCGGCCCGUCAUCUCCUGUACUUGACAGAGAUGGCAAAGGACAUUCGAGAGGACCGUCGUACGAUUACACCAACAACAACCUAAAUGAGGCCGAGGCGAUCGGACGUGCAGCAACUGCAAGCCCAAUGAUGAUGCGGGACAGCCACCGCAGGAGAGAGCCGCCACCACCUUCGCCCUCGCCUGCUUCCAUGGCCAUGCUUAUGGAUCAUCAGGGUGGGCGGACCAGCCGCAAUGGGCCACGCAAUCGCAUCCCGCAAGGAGUUGACUUGCACCUACAGCCCAUUGAGCCAGCAAACCAGAGCAGUGACGUGACUUCUCCCGAGCAGUCUGUGGCCUCUUCGACUAGAUUUCACUGGCCAAGCCGGCGGCGAGGACCGGGGUCCGUGGCCAGCUCAGUUACCUCUGCAACUUCCAGCGUAGCAAAGGCGCAGCGUGCCCGAGGAUAUGGUCACCCCGGUAAAACUCUCGACGAUUAUAUCCACAGCAUGGACAACACGACCGGCAGGCGUGCGACCAGCCGAGGACGUGGACGGGAUUCUAGCAAGACCAGGAAGUCCAAGUCUCGCGAAACAUCCCUUGAUCAGGAUCAGCGUGGGCGUGAGACCUCGAGAGGAUACACUCCACGAGCUGGCAAGCGAUCUCCUCGAUCACCGGUCCCUAUGUCCCCUGAGGAACUGAUCAAUCUCAGCACUCCGAGAACAAACGAUACCAGGAGAGGAGGUGACGGGCAGGGCAUCGAGAUGGCCACAGAUCAACCCAGUACCGUUCGAAAACUAAGCAGCAGUCAGAUUCGGCAUGCAUCGAGGACUCGAGCCAACGGUGGCAGCCGUCCUUCCAGCCGUGGACGGCGAACAGCCAGCCCCGAAAGGACCGGUCGUGAGCGCAGCAGUGGCAGGAAUGCAUCGCCUCCAUCUCCAGUACCAAUGUCGGCCAUUCCGAGAGACUUCUCUGGUUCUGAGGAGGAGAACGACUACAUGAGGGCUGUAGAGGCAAAGGAAAGGUUCCGCAAGAAGAACACUCGUAGCAGUAGCCGGGGCUUCCGUAACGCCUCGCCAGGGUCGGCUUCCCACAGGCUGACGAGCGACAGGAGACCGUCCAAGGAGUCUGCAGGCUUUGGCGAGGCUGAGGAUGCUGUCAGCUCACUUCGCAAGUUGAAGGAUGAGAGACAGCUCAAGAAGGAGGCAGCGGCUCGAGAGCUUGAAGAAAGGCGCAAGUCACUGGCGCGUCGACCUGCUGCGCCGCCGAUUCCACAUCCAGAUGAGCUGUCGCCUAUUGUUACUCGAGGCCCGGCCUUUUUCGAAUCGUCCUUGCCCAGCACAGCCUUUGUGCCACCCAGAGAUCUGCCCACGCGCAGUCGCACCGUCGAGCCGGGGGAGGCAAGGAGCAUGUAUGCCAACCGUCAACCCCUGAUCGGGCUUCCUGCCACACCCAAGGCGAUGCGCUUGAUCCUGGAACCAGAGGCUGGAAGUGUGCCGGGAGUCCCCGAAAUUCCUGUUACGUUUGCCCAGAGAGCCUCGCCAAUACAAUCCAACGACUCUCCAAGGCAUUCGCCCAAGAGAAGCGAGCCGGUGACCAGAGCGGAUUCCGAGCAGACCAAGGCGCCACAAGAGAAUCUUCUUACUCUGCUACCAUCCACCGUCUACAGUCCUCCCGUCCGUCCACCAAUUUCUCGUUGCAUGUCAGCGCCGCCUGAGGAGCCGCUUGCCCCCAAGACUUUCAAGCCUUCUCAGCAGACCACCUCUCGUCAAGCAAAUGGCCGUAAAAUGAGCACGCCGGACGUGUCUUCGGACCUUCGCCAGGCGGGCAACAUGAGGACAAUAGACGAUAUGCUGGCAAGCAACACCCAAAGGCCGGCGCAUGAGUCUCAGGGAAUUCCUCCUCCUCCUCCUCCUCCUCCGGCCCCUCCGGUCCUCAAGGAACUGCAGCAUCUUGCCAUACCCCCGCCGCCGCCUCCUGCGCCCCUUUCAUUCAGCCAAAAAUCGCAGCAGCCUCAAGUCUAUGGAGGGCGCACAGCUGGAAUGAUCGAGAUAGUCAUGGACAAUGACGACCAGAUCCCCCCGCCACCCCCUCCCCCACCACCAAUGCCCAUGUCGGCGCCUCCGGUUCCCGUAGCGAUCCCCGUAAGCGAGAACACUGUUCCUAUCCUCUCGUCGCCAGCACCACCUACUCCCAAGUCUAGCCACCAGCGGGGUCGCAGCAGCGUCGACAAUAGCAUCUCCUCGCGCAUCUCUCGCGUCACAGAUCGCGUUCGAUCGGCCAGUCGUAGCCGGACCAACUCGUCGAUGCUCUCGCGCAAGUCACCCGAGCUUGCAAACCAGACUUCGCCGUACGAGAGCAUCGGGCCGCCCGUCAGCUUCUCUGCCCGUGCUGUGGCUCAGGUCCAGCAGCAACAGCGCACUCAGACUGGUCUUCAGCCCAAUGAGAUGUUUUGA